AUGUUAUCGGUCCGUGGGCGCAAGUAUGCAGCCUUGGAUCUAGCGGCCAGCUACACCAAAGACCGUGGCCCUUUGUACGAUCAAAGCAAGCAUCCACAUGGCCUCGUCUCUUUCAGAAAUGCCGAGAAUUUUCUCAUGCAAGACGAAGCCCUUGCCUACGUCAAGACCAAGUGCAUACCAUGUCUUGAGCCGGCCUCUCUGACAUACCAUGAUGGUCCAUUUGGUUCCCGGCGGUUGAGGGCGGCAAUGUCAUCCUUUAUCAACAAGCGCUUUGCACCAGCCUCAGCCGUAGCUAUGGAGCAUCUGUCAUUCGUCAGCGGCGUCACAGCACUAAAUGACAUACUAUCUCUUUGCCUGACCGAGGGAGAGGAUGAUGCCUUGCUCCUUGGCAUGCCAAUAUAUGGAUCCUUUACAGGGGAUAUGCAAAGCAUGUCGAGCUGCAAGUUGAUAUAUGCUCCAUUUGGUGAGGUUGAUCAGUUCGGUGCUGAGGCGGCUGAUUGCUAUGAUCGUGCCCUAGUGCAGGCUGAACAACAGGGUAUCAAGGUUCGGGCACUUGUAUUGGCCAAUCCGCAUAAUCCUCUCGGCCAAUGUUAUUCCCCAGACACAUUGAAGGCACUUCUUGGCUUCUGCAACAAGCGCAGGAUACACCUCAUCAGUGACGAGAUUUAUGCCUUCUCCGCGUAUCACACCGAUGCAUCAUGCCCAGGUUUCACGUCAGUGCUCUCGCUAGAGACAACGGGUGUCAUUGACAGUAGCCUUGUCCACGUCAUGCAUGGCAUGUCCAAGGAUUUUGCUGCCGCUGGUCUGAGACUGGGAUGCUUAAUUACCAGAAACGAAGAGUUGACACAGGCUGUACAGUCUUUAGCACGGUUCCAUGGCGCAUCACCAGUGACUGAUGCGAUUGCUGCGGCGAUGCUUGAGGAUGAGGAGUGGCAUUUGGAAUUCCUUGCCAAAAGCGCGCGUGCUCUAGGUGAACAGCGAAGGCUUGUCGCGGAAGCCCUUGACGCCGCAGGCAUCGCCUAUAGGCACGAGGCAAACGCGGGGUUUUUCCUCUGGAUUGAUUUGUCGGCGUGCCUGCACAGCCCAACAUGGGAGGCCGAAGACGACUUGAAGCAACGGCUGUAUGAUUGUGGGGUGGAAAUGUCGGCUGCGCACGCGUACCAUGGCGAGGUUCCAGGGCAUUUCCGUUUCGUGUUCUCCAUGGAUAGAGCCAGCGUAGAGGAGAGGCUGCGGAGGAUCAUUGAGUUCCACGAGAAGAACAGGCUGGGGCGGGCUUGAGCGGGCGGCUUGGCAGGAGACGAGACGAGGAGGGUGAGAAGCUCGAGCUCGUGACCGCGCGAAAGGGCGCCACGCGAC